GAGGAGGCGGAAGGUGUCACGUGGUCGGCAAGAAGCUCCGCCUUCGCGGCGUAGCUCCAAGUACGGCGCGUCAUUCAUGGCCGAGCUAAAGGCUACGCCAGCACUCUCCGCCGCUUCCGUCCGGCUGCAGCAGCGGCUCUCGCGAGAGGAGAUCUCCGUGGGACUCCUCGUCGUCUUUGUUGUUCCUCAUGUGAUUUCGUGUGUCUGAUGUCGUUUAUCGCGUUAAUCGGUGACUGCUUAUCAAAAAAGCACGACGAGUGUCUCCCGAUCGUUAUAUUUCUUUGAAAACAUAUUUGUGUUGUUGUUUUUAUUGUUAUUAGUGAGGACAUGUUGUUGUUAUUAAGAAAAGAAUAAAACUCGCGAUGGUGAGUGAUCAGGCGAUCGAUCGAUCGGUUGAUCGAUCGAUCGCGAUACGCCACCAAGGUGAUACCAGAGUCGAAUAGGGCUCGAAUUUAGUGCGACGAGGUAUAGAUUGAAGUAGAGAAAGAAAGAGAGAAAGGGGAAGAGAGAGGGAGAAAAAGAGAGAGAAAGGGAUAGAGGGAGAUAGGGCGGUAAGAAGGGAGGGAGUGGUGAGACGAACAAGUAGGGUAGAAUUUAACAGGGCUUUCGUGGUGAUUUCGACGCGGAAGAAGUUGAAAGAAGAGGAAGAAGAGGACGAAGAAGAAGAGGAAGAGGAGAAGGAGGCUCGACGUUCGUGGUGGAGGCCUGGCUGAUGCACCGUGGCUGCGGCGGCGGCGUCGCCGGAAGCGGUGCUGCUGCUGCAGAAUCCGGAAGUGCUGCUGUAUCUGCUGCUGCCGUUGUUGCUGCUGGAAAUACCAGUGGAGAUGCGACGGUAUCAGUAACACCAGAGGAACGUUCUCUGGAGCAUCAUCGUCAUCCUGCUCAUCAUCAUCAUCAUCAUCAUCAUCAUCAUAAUCAUCAUCAUCAUCACCCGUCGGCAAUGCCAGGUGCUCCAGGUUUUCACUGGGGUGCCAUGCUGGCAGGGCACCACGCGGCUGCCGCCGCUGGCAUGAUGCAGCCACCUCUGGCUGCGCCAGGCGAAUACGCACCAGCACAUCAUCAUGGGGCCACACACCCCGCGAUGCCUAUGGAUCUUCACGUUCACCAGGGCUUCCCCUACUACAGGUACCGAGACGAUGCCCUGUGUUGGACAGACAGGAAACCGUCCCUGGACGACGUUGGGAAUCCUACUUCCGUCAACGCACGAUUUGAGGAGAGACACUACGCUUUUGAAAGUAUCUUGGAACUGCGUAAAGAGAAAAGCCGAGACGCAGCGAGAUCGAGACGGGGUAAGGAGAACUUUGAGUUCUACGAGCUAGCGAAGAUGUUACCUUUGCCGGCGGCCAUUACCUCUCAACUGGACAAAGCCUCCAUUAUAAGGCUUACCAUCUCUUACCUCAAACUCCGAGACUUCUCGGGUCAUGGUGAUCCUCCAUGGAGUCGUGAUGGACCACCACCUAACAAAACUGUGAAAGGUACAAAUCGCGUGAGGUCGGCAGCAAACGCGGCAGUAGAUCAUUUCGAGGUACAUCAGGGUACACAUAUAUUACAGUCAUUGGAUGGCUUCGCGAUGGCGGUCGCUGCGGACGGAAGGUUCCUGUACAUAUCCGAGACCGUGUCGAUCUACCUAGGUCUUUCGCAGGUAGAAAUGACAGGUUCGAGCGUUUUCGAUUACGUGCAUCAGCAGGAUCACGCUGAGGUCGCUGAACAAUUAGGACUGGGUUUGGCUUCAUCUGCAAGCUCUUCCGGUCCGCAUUCGUCUAGUUCCGGUUUAGCUUCUCCGAGUAGUGCUGCUUCGGAGGAACAUGGCUCGUCCUCGACCGCAAAUCCAGACGUGUCUUCCUUGAUGUCGCUCUCAGCGAGUGGUCUUUACAAAGGUUACGAUCGUGCAUUUUGUGUAAGAAUGAAAUCCACGUUAACGAAAAGAGGUUGCCAUUUUAAAUCUUCGGGUUAUAGAGUCGUACUACUAUUGUGUCGUUUGAGACCACAAUACACGUUUAGUCAUACGAGAAAGACGGCCCCUCCAUUGAUGGGUAUGGUUGGCUUGGCUAUCGCACUUCCGCCACCGAGCGUACACGAAAUCCGAUUGGAGACCGACAUGUUCGUUACUCGUAUCAACUUCGAUUUUCGGAUAGCACAUUGCGAACCAAAAUGGCGUUCUCAAACAUCAUUAUCGGCAGUGUAUGGAAGGUUGUCUAUCUCAAAGGGGGUAUCUGAAUUAUUGGAUUAUACAGCUGAUGAAUUAACGGGUAAAAAUUUGUAUACUUUAUGUCACGGUGAGGAUGCGAAUCGUCUUCGAAAAUCACACAUAGAUCUAAUCCACAAAGGACAAGUCUUAACGCAUUAUUACCGAUUAAUGAAUAAAAGCGGAGGUUAUACGUGGCUGCAAACAUGUGCGACCGUCGUAUGUAAUUCUAAAAAUGCUGAGGAACAAAACAUCAUUUGUGUAAACUAUGUAAUAAGCGGUCGUGAAUAUGAAAAUCUAAUUAUGGAUUGUUGUCAACUCGAAGACGGUGUUACUGGUGUUAAACGAGAGGAUGCGACAGGAAAUGAUCCAGAAAAUGGAUCGCCUGAUGCCGAUAGAGGAGAAGGACGAAGUCGUGGAGGUCCGACGAAUCAGCAUCAAGAACAUCCUCAUCGUUCUCCGCCGGAAGAUCGGGAGGACACACGGGGUUCCGAAAGCGAGAAGAGAGGCAACAGGCAUCAUGAUAGCAUGGCUCAGCUUCAGCAGGAACCACAGGCAGCAAUAGGGAAUAUCAGCACGCUGGUGGUAAAAUUACGUGGUCACAAGCGAAAGCUUCAGGAGGAGGAGAGCAGUUCGAAUGAGGAGGACGAAGAGGAGGAGGUUACUGAGAAAGUGGUGAACAACGAGAGGAAUAAUCCUUUAAGCCCAACACCUUCAAAUCACUCGAUCUCUACAAGCGAACAAGUCUUGUGUGCGACGAGUCCAAAGUCUAGACGAAGUGGUGAAGGAAAUGUUAGGUCUGGGACAACUGAUGUAACCGAAAACAGUGGUGGUGGUGGUGGGAAUAGUAAUCCUGGUAGUAACACCGGUGGAACCGACACCGGUCCUGCAAGCGUCGGUGGUGUUGGUGCUACAGCUGGGGCAUCGGUGAAGGACCUGGAACAAGCGAUGUCAAAGCAUUUACCUGGUACAGCAUUGAAUAAAUCUAAUUCUCCGAGUCUACAUCAACCUACAGAUUUUAGUACGGAUGCUUUGUUGAAACAACAACAGCAAAGAAGUACAAUACAAUGGAUAGGAGCACAUCAUCACCUCGGUCACCUAAGUCCUCAACAAUCGGCGACCGCACCGUUACCAGCCUCGGCCCUUCUCAGGCAACUCUACGCAAAUCGGGAAAGCGUGAUACGUGCGAAUGUUCACGGGAUAACGUCGGCUGGAGGUGCAAGGACACCUUCAUCGGGUGGAUCCUAUUAUGCCAGCGAGACCGGUCAAAACGGUCCACUACCAACACCACCGGGUUCCGAAGGUUCGAGUACCUAUGGCGAACAUCAGUUCAUUCUAACUACACACAAUCAAAAAGCUUCGGCCAGUGGUAACAGCUGUGGAACCGAUGCUUUUACAAGUUUGGUAUCUUCAUAUUCGACGGCAGGUGGUUACGCGGUAGAUUAUCAUUCGGCCAUGACGCCACCGUCGUCAGUCUCGCCUCGUGACAAGCAACAACAGCAACAGCAUCAUCACCACCAUCACCAUCAACAGCAACCACAGCAGCAACAGCAACAACAACAGCAACAACAACUUCACCCGGUGAAUGUGAUCAGCUCGUAUGACACCUCCUCGACCUAUGGGGAACCUGUAUUACGUCAUCAGUACGAACCGGCUCAACCUUUACCUCUAAAACCACAAGUCUACUCAGCGACCGUUCACCCGAGUGCCCUCGAUGCUGCGGCAGCAUACGCCUCUGCUGGUCUCGGAGAACAAGCCCAGUUUUAUCAUCACCCAGCUGCAGCAGCGGCAGCCGCAGCAGCUGGUUUCCAUAUAUAUCACCCGUCUAACAAGGCAACGGCAAACAGUUGGUACGGUUCGACGUCCUAGUGGCGUCCCAGUGCUGUACGCGACACGCGUGUACUUAAAUAAUUCGAAUUUUUGAACGAAGAACAUGAUCGGACUGACGGGGCUGUCUCGUAUGCAUAUCAAUCGAAGAUAACGAAUAGUCAACGUGAUCAAUUUUCUUCGCUUUAACUUCGAGUCCUUCCUUUCUACCAUACAUCCCCCGAUCCCCGGCCCCAAUUCGUUGAUAAAUCUAGUUGAUUUGUAUCAGUCAACAUAUCGAUAUAUAUCAACGAUUAGUUGGUAGAAAAGGAACUAAAGAAAGAAAUGUCGAAAGUGUGUUGUUCUCGUCGUCUCACACGCUCAAGGCGACGAUCGUGCUGUGACUAUAUCGCCAUAACCCCUUGCAGCCUGACAUACUUCCAUUACAGUCUCAAUAUAAUUGUGAGGUAUUAUAAGCUAUGAUAGGGGAUGUUCGUAUCGAUCAAAACUAGAUAAAUAGAUUCUAGUUACGUCUUGGGACUGUUUUAUCCAAAAUGAUAUUUGCUUGUGUCGAUUCGAUGACGUUAUGCUGGACUAACAAAGAAAUUAUUUGUUUCUCGAGGUGCUCUCUCUUUUUCUCUUUCUGUCUCUCUCUGUCUCUCUCUCUCUCUCUCUCUCUCUCUCUCUCUCUCUCUCUUUCUAGCUUUUUUUCUUUGUCUACAUUUUAAAGAGACAAGAAACGUGCAAUAUAGGUAAGCGAGAAAAACGUCUGACUAAAAAAAGUGCUGCAUCGUGUCAGACCGCAAAGGGUUAAUUCUUGCACGUAGGAUGCAAACUUAUUGUAAUAUAAAGAAUUAACAAAAAAAAAAGAUAAAGAAAAUAAAAGAAAAUAAAUAAAAAGAAACA